GCGUUCCGCUACUGAACACGAGGUCGCGGAUUCGAUUCCCGGUCAAGGCAUUCAUCGUUCGCACCUGCCCGCGUCGCCAAAGGCAGCGCCGCCGUCCAGCCAUGUGGCCAAGCCUGCUGAGCCUGGCUUUCGCCCUGGUCUACAUCUGCAGCCGGACUCCUUCCACGCAUGCGCAGAGGUUCCGCUCUCCGUGGCUGCACGACGUGGAGCACCUUGAGGCCCAGGCCAGCUACCGGACGGCGCGCCUGCGUUGGCAGUACCGGCACCUCCCGCAACCGCCGGCGUUCCGGGUGCAGAUCUGCGAACUGCUGCCGUGGCUGCCCAAGACGGGACCCCGCUGCCGCCUCCGGAGGCUAAGCCUACGAGGACCUCAGGCUGUUUAUGACAGCGAUGGCACACCGCGCAGCCUGGAUCUACUGCGCAAGUCCUCCAAGUCUGGUUACGAGGCGCUCAUCGGAGACCUUCGGUUGCUGACAAACUACAGCGUGGCAGUCGAGCCGGACUUCUCAAGCGACUCGGACGUGAAUGCCAUCCUGUAUGGUUCAGGACAGCUGCCGGCUGAAGCUGCUGCCGGCGAGGAAGACCGGCGCUUCCAGAUGGUCACCUCUGAGUACACACUCAUGACCACCAAGGGAUUCUCUGCACGGGCGGAGCGGUGCCUGGCGAACGCCUCCCGCGUGGUCGUCAGCACGGGUCCCUUCUUCGGGGGCAAGAUCGCCGUCGAGGACAGCAACGACGACGCCUGCCUGCUGUUCGGCGACCCCAGCUCACCGCAAGACGCGUACACACUCGACAUAGACCACAAGCGCUGCGGAAGCCGACUGGUGAACGGGUCCAAGAUGGAGACGAACAUCAUCGUCCACGAGAACAGAGACAUAAUCACGCACAACACACGCCGCUACUUGGUCGUCUGCAGUUUCCUGCCGGACACUUACACAAUCACCGCCUCGGUGAACCUCCCCGUGGUCCGUGGUAAGAAGAAGAGCAACGUGGCGACACACACCAAGGUGCCGGGCGGCCUGCUGCUGGCCAACGCGCGGCUCGAGACGAGCACUGAGCAGAACGAGGUGUUCACCUACCAGCGCUACAAGGACAGCAACGUGCGCGACUCGCGCAUCGCCGCCGAGCAGCGCAGCAGCACCACGCUCGAGAGUGACGCCAACGGCACCCACGUGACAGGAAGCAUGGCACUGGCUCUCCUGCUGGCCACCACGGGACUCGUAGGCUGCUGCGCCGCGCUCGCCUGGUACGCGGCCACGGGUCUUCAGCAGCGCCACAAGAAGGCGGACGGUCACGCGCCGCCUUCCGAAGAGAGCGGCCGCACUGCGAGUGAGCCUAGCCCGAUCACUCCCAUCGACAGCGUCUCGGCGGACGCCGGCGACGGAGAGAAGGAGCAGAAACUAGAAGUCGACAAGCAAGACGAUCAGCUUGAGGAACAGCUUGAGCAAGACGAUCAGCUAGAGUCAUGUGUGGUCAACUUCAUCACCAUCGAAGGCAAACCAGUCGCGUUGAUUCCGGACUCCACGGCGAGCGAAGUGUGACUACGCGCGCAUUUCCGUGCAUAGUUCAGCUACGUCGCCAAUGGUGUCACCUUCGCCUCCCGAUGUCAUCAAAUCGCCACCCGCGCACGCACAUUGUGUAACGUGCAAGGUUACAACACCCUUUCUUCAUCACCACAUGGCAGCAGGUCCACUGUCGAGGACCACGACAUGGGUUGUCUCAAUUUAUCCCGUCACUCUUGCUUCGCCCAUUUAACAAGAUCCGUCGAGUAAUUCAUGUGCCCUAAACCCACGCGCCUGCACGCGCCUGAUUUUACACGUGCUAUGAAAAAAAAAGUGUCCACAGCACCGUUUUACACAUAUGGGAAAACAAGACCAUGGUAUUUUAGCGGCCUUUAACCUGACGCACUGAACAUUACUAUAAUCAGCGCUGUGGCAACUUUUGGUGCAAUAGUAGAGGCUCAUUAGCGCAACACACCACAUGAACUGUUGUGAGCACUGUCGGCAUUUAUUCAAGCUUACAGAAUGGUCAAGAGGUAAGAUUAGCACGUUUAUCUGCCGGAAAACGCGCGUUCCCUUUGCAGAAUGUGCACAAAAGAAACGCGAAACUUUGUGCUAGUGGACCUUGUGCCGGUGUCUUCGAUGUUAGCGUUUCCCACGCCGGGAUCAGGUGAGAAGCGUCCUCGUGAACUUUUGGCACCGCUUGUUUGACGACUGAGGAGCGAAAAGACUUUCGUCGGCCCAUGUCAUAUCCAGUACCAUUAUAUGUGCGUCCACAUUUGCUCAUGACAGUCUUCCCGAGGGUGUCUAUCCGUGCUGGCAUCCAUAAAAUAGAAGACGGCGACGAAUUGUCCAGAACCCUUGGGGAACACUCCACGUUUUGAGGCAACAAAGCAACAACAACACUCUACUCGGCUCUACUUGAUGGAAAAUUCUCAGCCGCAAGUUUACAUGCCCAAAUUCUUUUCAGAGAAUGGAUUCAGAGUCCAAGCGAUGCAUCACGACACAUAAUGUUACUAAGCUAACACUUUUAGUGACGAAGUGCAUCAUUACGUAGGUCACAAUGCCCGACCAGUCACUGAACAAAUCCGUGAAGGGGAUACAAAGAUUACACUGGUUCAGGAGUCGAAUCGAACCCACGUUCGGUUUGAUCUGUAAUGUCGAAAGUGUUUAGCAUCCGUUUGCAAGACCCUGGCACGCAGAGGAUACUACUUACCCUUGUGUGCUGAUUUUGUGACUGUGUUUUGGAAAGUACUUUUCUGGUCAGAUUUGUAUUGCACUUUUGACCCUUCGAUGGCUUGCUGUUUGAAAGAUACCAAACCCGACUCGCUUACCGCACACACAAACAUUUGUAAAUUCCAAAUCAACCUAUAUGUUCAACGCGCAUGGUUCAGUGUUAAGCAAUACGACCCCUAAAAUUAGUUUUUAUGAAUUUCCACAGUUCUAAUUUCGAGAAGAAAAACAUCGCACUUGCAUUCGGUGAUGCGCGCCUAUGCGUGUAGAAAUAACAUUAGAAACUCAUAUAUUCUAUAUUUACCCGAAAGGCGUCCCGUUUCUCAUAGAAUCCACGCAUUUUUCCAGCUAGCUGCUGCAGACACAGGUUGCUGGUUGUUCAUGUCAGUAAUUUCAGUUCACGAUUUUGUUGAUCCAUUCCGUGAGGACUCGGUUUACAUUGAUGAGAGUGAAGAGCGAGGCAAGUUCGUACGUGUUGAGGCUAAACAUUGUCGUGCUAAACAAGACACGAACCAGCUAUGACGACAGGACAAACGUGCAACAUAAGCCAGUUUCCUGCUUACAUGUUCACUUCCACGUCACUAGCACCAGCUGGAAGGCUAACGUGUGCCCUGUCAUGCUCUCUUCGCCGGCUUGCGUCUUUUUUUUUUCUGGUAACGCAGUCUUAUGCGCAGGCAGAACCUCCCGUUCUUACAACGGGUAUUGUUCUAGAUGUCUCUGCGCCGCUUCAUGCUCCCUAGUUAUUGGAAAUAAUCAAGUUGACGGACAUAACUGUUUUCUUAGGCCUCAGCGACACUAAAUACAAAGGAGCACCAGACUGGAAAUUGGGAGCAAGGCUGCCGUGUAUGGGCCUAAACAUCGUUUUUAAUCAUUUGUUUAUCACCUUGGUCGGUGUCUGUCUUAUCUCUGCGCCAUUAUUCCCGAACAGAGGAGAUUUUGUCAUAAUCUCGACUUCUACACAUGGUGCUGCACUUCAUAAGGAGCAGCGUGUAACGCCUGAUAAAGCGAUUAGAACAUUAUGCUUGGCAGUUUCCUAGCGCCCCGGUCUACUUUCAGUGAUUUGUGGAGAGCGACAAAGAUGAACUUUAUUUUACAAAUGGCACGUUGACGAGACGUCAUCGCUCGUAACAGGUCGUGUGCUGCUUUGGAGUUGGGAAAUUCCCUGGAUGCGCUGAAUUUGCUAAACUAGGCGUAGCCAGAGUUUAGGGAGGUAAAUAUGCCCACCUCUGCAGAUUGCUUUCCGUACCCAUAGCGGUAGGUACACGAGGCCCAAAUUCAGAGUCCAAGCGAUGCAUCACGAGGUACACCGGUACACGAGGCGGCGGCGUGUUCGCUUUCCAGCUGCAGUGGCAGCAUAUCGAUUGGAUGAGAAUGUCAAGAGCGCCCGCGUACAUGUGUUUGGAUGCAAGCUAAAGAACAUCGAGUGACCGAAAUUAAGGUGGAUUUCUCGACUACAGCGUCGCUGAUAGGCCUUGCGUUGCUUUUGGACAUGAGCCACAUCAAUCAAAUCAACUUGUUUUGACUGUCUUCAGCAGGUCACAGCUGAAAUGAAACGCCUUGCUGUGUACGCACCUCCCUAUUCUUUCCGCUUGCACAUUUAGUGAAAGUCACGAAGAGCCAACAAUCCCAAACUGCUGCGAUCGUGUUCUGGCCUUAUCAACCUGAUUUUGCACUGAGCAGAAACUUCUAUGGCAAAUGAGUGAAAACAGUGCGACGUCAUAUACAAAGUGCAACGACAGUGGUUGGAAUCGUGCCUGAUUUAGUGGCAGAAACCGCAAGAUAUUUCGCAAGGUAAAACAUUGUGAACCAAGUUUUGGCCUUCUUGUUUCAGCUGCUUUUGUAGAUGCGCUCUAAUGUGCUGUUCGCUUUGAACAUGGCGCUGCUGAAAAGAAGCGAAUGCUGUGUUACACUUAAGCUGCAUGAAGAUGUCGCAGCAUGUGCCCUUCUUUAGAACUACUUAAUUGUUCGAUAAUUCAGGGACGUAGCAUUAGUACAUUGGUUCUAUGAGUGCUGGCGCAUGACCUAUAAUAUCGCAUUUAUUUGGAAGGCGAGAGUCGCUAUGCCUUGAAGAGAAUGGAAUACUGCAGGGAUUUAUGUUACGAACAGCCGAUGAAGCACCUACCCUUCCUAGAUAUAGUUUUGCUUCGAUAAAUGUUUGUGACGUG